CGGCAGGCGGGGCGGGCUCAGCGCGCAGAGCAGCAGCAGCAGCUAGACAGCAGGUGGGUCGCAGGGUUCUGCGCAGACGACUCGGGAGGAGGCAAAAGCUCAGCCCUGGUAGGUGCUGGCAGCUGGCUCCGUGCUCCUCCCAACUGCUCACCAUGGCCUUGGGGCUGCCCAGCGCUGCUGGCCUGGCCCGCCUCUGCCAGAGGGUGAAUCGGCUGAAGCGGCUGGAGGACACCACCAUGGAGACAUCACUGAGGCGCUGCCUGUCCACACUGGACCUGACCCUGCUGGGAGUGGGGGCCACAGUGGGCUCGGGCCUCUAUGUGCUCACAGGCACCGUGGCCAAAGAGAUAACCGGCCCGGCGGUAGUCGUGGCCUUCGGAGUGGCAGCCGUGGCCUCCCUGCUCGCGGCCCUGUGCUACGCGGAGUUCGGGGCCCGCGUGCCCCGCACAGGCUCUGCCUACCUGUUCACCUAUGUGUCCAUGGGUGAGCUGUGGGCCUUCCUCAUCGGCUGGAACUUGGUGCUUGAGUAUGUGAUUGGUGGUGCCGCUGUGGCCCGUGCCUGGAGUGGCUACCUGGAUGCCAUGUUCAACCACCAAAUCCGCAACUUCACUGAGGCUCACAUAGGCGUCUGGCAGGUGCCCUUCCUGGCCACAUACCCAGACAUCCUGGCUGCCAGCAUCCUGCUCCUGGCCUCCAUCUUCGUCUCCUGUGGAGCCCAAGUCUCCUCCUGGCUCAACCACACCUUCUCUGGCAUCAGCAUGCUCGUCAUCCUCUUUGUCAUCGUCCUGGGCUUCAUCCUGGCCCGCCCACACAACUGGGGAGAGCAGGAGGGCGGCUUUGCGCCCUUCGGCUUCUCUGGCAUCAUGGCCGGUACUGCUACCUGCUUCUAUGCCUUCGUGGGCUUUGACGUCAUCUCUGCCUCCAGCGAGGAGGCCCGGAACCCAAAGCGUGCUGUGCCCCUGGCCAUCGCCAUCUCGCUUGGCCUGGCAGCCAGCGCCUACAUCCUGGUGUCCACUGUGCUCACCCUCAUGAUGCCCUGGCACAGCCUGGACCCUGACUCUGCGCUAGCCGACGCCUUCUACCAGCGGGGCUACCGGUGGGCCGGCUUUGUUGUGGCGACUGGCUCCAUCUGCGCCAUGAACACAGUCCUGCUCAGUAACCUUUUUUCCCUGCCGCGCAUCAUCUACGCCAUGGCCGUCGACGGGCUCUUCUUCCAGGCGUUUGCCUAUGUCCACCCCAGGACGCAGGUGCCCUUGGUGGGCAUCCUGGUGUUUGGGGUUCUCACGGCUUCUGUGGCGCUGCUGCUGGACCUUGAGGCGUUGGUCCAGUUCCUGUCUAUCGGCACACUGCUGGCCUACACCUUCGUGGCCAUCAGUGUUAUUGUGCUACGAUUCCAGAAGGUCUCUCUGUCCAGUUCCCCAAGCCCAGCCAGCCCUCGUCCCGCACCCAAGGAGUACAACUCCUUCUCAGACCGUAUAGAGCUGGUGGGCACUGAGCAGGCCCUGGCCCCUGAGCCUGGGCAGCUCCGGCCAGUCCUGAGGCCCUACCUGGGCUUCCUGGAUAGGUGUGGCCCUGGAGCUGCCGUGACUUGGGCCAUCUGCAUCCUGGUGGCCUCAGCCAUCACCCUGGGCAGCUUGCUGAUCUUCGGGGACUCAGCCCUGCACCUCCCUCGCUGGGGCUACAUCCUGCUACUCCUGCUCUGCAGUGUCAUGUUUCUGCUCAGUGUCCUUGUCCUGGGGGCCUACCAGCAGCAGUGCCAGCAGGACACUUUCCAGAUCCCCCUGGUGCCACUGACUCCAGCGCUGAGCGUCCUCCUCAACGUCUGCCUCAUGCUGAAGCUGAGCUACCUGACCUGGGUGCGCUUCUCCAUCUGGCUGCUCAUCGGGCUCACCGUGUAUUUCUGUUAUGGCAUCUGGCACAGCAAGGAGAACCGGCGGGAGCUGGCAGGGCUGACCGCCACACGCUACGUGGUUUUCCCCAGCGGCAGCCUGGAGGGGACAGUGCAAGCCGUGCAGCUCCCCAGCGAGGCGCCAGCCCAGGAGCCCGGCCACGCCGAGCAGCCCUCCAGUCCGUGAGGAAGGCUGGGGACCUGCCCACCCUUGCCCGCCUCCUCGGGAGGCCUGCCUUCUCUCCAGGGUGGCUCCAGUUUGUGGGCCUGGCCACCCAAUGGGGUCCUUGGGACCUCUGGACUGAAGGGACUGAGCUUCACAU